AUGACUGAAAGUCCUUCCAAUGUAUCCGACAAAAAAAAGCCGGCAUCCAAGGCGCUUCCUGAUCACCCAGAGUACAUCGACAUGGAAGAACGAGUCGGUUCCUCACGACAAGCCAUCGAGAAAUACAUCGAGGCCAGCUACAAGGGUGGUGAUGACGCCAGCACGCACUUGAAGUUGACGUUAAAGAGAGGUGUGGAAGCUGGCGUUCUCCUCCAAGUCAAAGGAACUGGCAUCCUCGGAGACCCAGGGGCAGUUAGUUGGGGCGAGAGGAAAUUAAUCGGGCAAAGAAAUGAAGCGUCGCAGGUUUACAAGUAA